AUGCCACACGACUUAGGUUUCAUGAACGAAAUUGAUAAGGAGUUUGGCUGCUGUGCAAAGUCCUCUAUCGAUACAUCAGCAGGAGUGCUACGCGGGCGGCCCUACGGUGGGACGGCGCUUAUGUGGCGAACGAGUUUGUUUACCAGCGUCGAUAUUGUGCAGUGUGACAGUGAUCGGAUAGUGGCUAUGCGUUUAAGUAUAGAUACUCGUAGUAUACUUGUGUUUAGUGUAUACAUGCCUACGGAUUGUGUAGAUAAUCUUCCAGAGUUUACUCAAUGUCUCGCAAUAAUCAGCGCUGCGAUUGAAAGCGUUGAUACGGAAUGUGUUGUGAUAUUAGGGGAUUUCAACGCGCAUCCAGGAACUCUUUAUUGGAAAAGAGCUGGCGGAAUACUGUGG